GUCUGGCCAGCGUCCUAGAACUUUACCGACAGAGAAGAUGCUACGAGACAGCCUGAAAUCUUGGAAUGACAGCCAGUCAGACCUCUGUAGCAGCGACCAGGAAGAGGAAGACGAGAUGGUCUUCGGUGAAAAUGAAGACGAUUUGGAAGAGAUGAUGGACCUCAGCGACCUGCCCACCUCCCUUUUUGCUUGCAGUGUCCAUGAAGCGGUGUUUGAGGUCCAAGAGCAGAAGGUAGGCACACACCCUGCCCCUGCACUCACGGCACGGGAGGCGAAGGUAGCUUUGGUCCCUGAGCCCUGUGACACGACAUACGGUGUGUGCCACGGUGGCCCCCUCACUGUGUCUUAG